AACGACACACAACUUGAAAAUUUUAUAAUCAAUUGAAUACUCUAAUGCAUCCUAUAGAUUCUUUUUUUUAUAAAUAAAAAAAAUAUUUUAAAUAUUAAAAAUGUGCAAGUUAAUACUGAUGUUUUUUGCUGUGAUUUGUCAAAAGGUAGUGUUUGCAGAGGAUGUGAAAAGAAAUCUCGACUCAGUGGUCUAUUUUAGACCGGAGCAGAUUCAUUUAUCAUUUGGAGAAAAAACUAGCGAUAUUGUGGUUACCUGGUCCACGCGUAAUGAUACUGGAGAAAGCAUUGUAGAAUAUGGCGAAGGAAACGAAUUUAAGUAUAAAUCGGAAGGAUCUACAAAUAAAUUUGUUGAUGGUGGAGAUAAGCAUAAAAUACAAUAUAUUCACAGGGUAACAUUAGUAAACCUGAAGCCAUCAACUAAGUACAUUUAUCAUUGCGGCAGUAGGUUAGGUUGGUCUGCAAAAUUUGAGUUUCGCACAGUGCCGGAGGGCUCUGAUUGGUCACCCAGUAUUGCUUUAUUUGGAGAUAUGGGGAACGAAAAUGCACAGUCCUUAGCCCGUCUGCAACAAGACACGCAAAAUGGUAUGUAUGAUACCAUUAUUCAUGUAGGUGACUUCGCAUAUGACAUGAAUACCGAUAAUGCUCGUGUGGGCGAUGAAUUUAUGCGACAAGUUGAAACAAUAGCGGCCUAUGUUCCUUACAUGGUUGUUCCAGGAAAUCACGAAGAAAAAUACAAUUUCUCAAACUAUCGGGCAAGAUUUAGUAUGCCGGGAGGAACGGAAAAUUUAUUUUACAGUUUCAAUUUGGGACCCAUUCACUUUAUAGGAAUUUCCACGGAGAUGUAUUACUUUUUGAACUAUGGCUUGAAAACACUUGUUUUCCAAUAUACAUGGCUGCAAAAAGAUUUGGAGGAAGCAACGAAACCGGAAAACCGAGCUAUUCGUCCAUGGAUUAUUGUAUAUGGUCACCGACCUAUGUAUUGUAGUAACGAAAAUGACAAUGAUUGCACUCACUCACAGACACUAACGAGAGUCGGGUGGCCAUUUCUGCACUUCUUUGGUUUGGAGGAGUUAUUUUAUAAGUUUGGCGUCGACGUUGAAGUUUGGGCCCAUGAACAUUCUUAUGAACGUCUGUGGCCCAUUUACGACUACCAAGUCCGAAAUGGUUCCUAUGAAGAACCAUACCGCAAUCCAAAAGCGCCUGUCCAUCUCAUUACGGGUUCUGCCGGAUGUAAAGAGGGUCGAGAGCCAUUUUUAAAAAAUAUACCAGAAUGGAGUGCUUUCCAUAGUCAAGAUUAUGGAUAUACACGAUUAAAGGCUUACAAUCAAACGCAUCUUUAUUUUGAACAAGUUUCGGAUGACAAAAAUGGAACUAUAAUUGAUUCGUUUUGGAUUAUAAAGAAUCGACAUGGUUCAUAUCAGGAUUUGUAAAGCAAAAGCUGAAUUAACCAAAAGAUUUGUAAUUUUGUAAUUUUUUUACGCACAGUUAGUAUGUCUGAAACCAUAAGUAAUAUUCACCGAACGAAACCAAAAAUUAUGUUGUAGUUAUAGUAUUAUAUCAGAGAGCUAAAAAAUGGGUAACGCAUAAACAGUUUGGCAUAUCCGCAUUACUUAUUAAUGUCAAGUGACGCUCUGAAAUUCAAUUGAAAUGCGUCACUUGGUAUACCAUGAGACAAUGCAGAGCUGAUUUUGUAGUGCCACCUUUAAUCAGCUUGGCAUUUUUGUUUAUUUCAUUAAUUAAUGCUUUAAUUCUUUGAUAUCGAUAUAAUUUUAUUAUUGUCUAACAUUCCAGUAUUUCGCUAAGAAUAAUAGCACAAGAUGUGUUUUUAGAUUUUACACUACUUAUUAAUAUGUUUUCCAACUUUUUAAGCACAACUUUAAAAAAGGCAGCACUAAUAUGUAUAUAUCUAUUAAAAUGAUUUGCAUCAAAUAAAUAUUAAAAC